UCACACGAUGCGAGAGCGUCUGCAUGUUUAUCUCUGGAAGCACUGGGCGAGUGUAAGCAAUGAUUCGGUGUAUGAGUAGGCUGCCACGCAUACAGUACCAGGCAUGCGAGCGGUCUUCGCUGUUGAGGAGAAGCGGGCACGAACCCUGACUCUCUCUCUCUCCCUCUCCGUGUCACCAUGCCGUGAGCACGCACCAGCUUGGCAAGGGCUACCACGCAGGCGAAUGCGGCUCCUUGGCACAGCCUCAAAAGGGAGCACAUCGACGCGGCACUGCUGGCUUUUCCCCUGCCCCCCCCCCCCCUCGCCCACCUCAAGUCACGAGUCCAGCUUCGACACGCCGUCGCUCGUGUGACGUGUUCCAUCAUCUUCGACCCAGCCUCAUCUCAUCUACAUAAGAGCUUGCCAAUCUCCCCCGCGCUCUUGCACACCCUCCACUACCCUC